AUGCGCUUCCUUCAGAUCAUUCCCGCCGUUUUUGCGGCUUCGACUCUCGCGGUCAAAUUCGAAAACUUCGUCGACACUGCUUGCCAACGAUACUCCGGAGACUACAGGCUCAUCACAGUUGCCGACCAAGAGAAGGUCGUCCUCGACACGUGGGCAAAAACGGUUACAGGGCAGGAGACUUCACGUGCAUUCUCUCCAAAAGGCUCUUGCCCUUCCAACGCGGACGAUACACACAAGUGGAUUUCCAUGCCCCAGUGGAAUGAUGAGGAAACUCGUUUCGGGCGUACAGCAGGGGGUGCUAUUGCUGUGGUCUACUUCAACGAGACAGACACCUACCACGCCUGCAGAUACUUGGCUUCUGUCCAACCAAACGGUUAUGCAGGCUUUUGCCGGUAG